AGUAGUGUGCGUAUGACGUCACGCAUCAGGCUGUGAUGCUGAUUUUUCUGCGGCAGAGGAGAGUCGAGGAGCCGCCAAUAAAAGCCUCUCGACGCGUGCGACAGGACCGGCCUUUCUCCGCUGUGUUGCCCGGAAAAGGAGGAUGCCCUCGCUGUCGGAGCAGCUACGUGAGGCUCGCAGCCAGGCGGAGGUGUGCCUGUACUCGGGCAGCCGGGUACUGGAGGUGCGUGCCGGGGUGAUGGCCCUGGCUCUCCUGCCCCUGCCGCCCUGCUCCAAGUACCUGCACAUCGCUGCAGAGAACAUGGUGGUCCACAACAGCUUUGGCAGCAACAGGAAGGAGACGCUGGCCUCCCUGCAGCGUUUGUCCACGGCCUUGAACAUCCUGGAGAAGUACGGCUGCAACCUCACCAACCCCAACAGGCCCAAGUACUGGAGGACCGUCAAGCACAACAACCCCGUCUUCAGGGCCACCGUGGACGCCGUCCAGGGGGGCAGGGCCGUGCUGGCUCUCUACGGCUACUCCAACCAGCAGCCGGACGGCCUCAGCUUCCCCGAUGACAUCAGCGACCCCGACGUGGGCCGGGUGGCCGCCGUGGCCGUGGAGGUGAUGAGUCUCAGGAUGGAGCUGGAGAUGCUCAUCAAGGAGACUCACCAGCAUCCAGAAUUCUACGAGAGGGUCAUCCCCACGCUGAGACACAAGGAAGUGGGUCUGAACACGGACGCCGUGGUGGCCACCUCGUCUCUCAGACCUCAGAGCAAGUCUCUGGUCUUCCCUCUGCAGCGUGUUAGCUCCUUCUCCCACCAUCACAGUCUCACACCCGUAUCGCCCUCCCACACACACCCAGAGAACUGCACCACCCUCACCACCUCGUCGUCAUGGCAACCCCCCGCCGGACCCCCCACUCAAAGUCCUCCCACCUGGCAUUGUCCUGAGUGGUCCCAAGACGUGCAGUGUGAGGCCCCAACCCCCCAACACCACCCGCCUGCUACCCUCCCAGUUUCAGAGUGGGUGUGCAGGAGCUGCACGGUGGUGAACGCGGGUGUGAGCGUGCUGUGUGAGGUGUGUGACAGACCCCGCCUGGCCACCAGACCUCCAGUGGCGGCCUCACACCCGCCUGCAACACCACCCAGGCCUCCUGCACCCGUGCUGGGCAUGCCGGGGGAUCCUGACAGCCAGUGGGUGUGCCAGUUCUGCACCUACCUCAACUACUCCCCCGCCACGGCGUGCGAGAUGUGCGACCUGGCGCGCCCGGAGCCCGCCCCUCUGCCGGCCAAGCUCCGCCCACCCUCCCCGGUCAGGCGGGUGCCCGCCCUGCCGGUCAAGCGCAAAGUGAGCGCCCAGGAAGACCUGGACUCCUGCAGGCAGCGGCGGCUGAAGGAGGAGGGGCUUAAGCUGGUCCAGCUGAUACGUGAGGGGGAGAAGGUGGGCAUGAGUCCUGAGGAGGUCUACACCUGGACCAGGGUGGCAGGAGAUAGUCCCCUAGGGGCCUGCAGGUGGAUGAAGUCCCAACUACCUCUGCAGUUGGACAAGAUCAUCACGUUGGCAGCAACCUUGUCGAGCAAGCUGCAGCCCGACCAGGAGGGGGAGGGGCCUAGCCCAGGUGUGCUGCACCUGUCCAGAGCGGAGGCCAAGCAGGGCUGGCUGUCAGCAGGGGGCGCCACCGAGCGGGCGGCCAGACAGGCUCUGAGGGACAGACUGGCCAAGGUGCAGGUCCUGGUCUCCCUGGGCUUCAGGGAGGAGUCUCGCUGUCACGAGGUGUUGAGACAAGGUGGAGGUCAGCUGAGAGCCGCCCUCACUCUUCUGCAGCGCCCCCUCAUGGACGCUUUCCAUCAGCGCAUCUGGAGCCAGCAGCCUGAGCCGCCCCUGGACAUCCACCAUCCUGACAAGCAGCGCACGUGUCGCAGGCUGCUGGCGGUGUACGACCUGCCCAGCUGGGGCCGCUGUGAGCUGGCACUGUCUCUGCUUCUGGAGAAGCACGCCCCCUACGCCCUGGAUGAUGUGGUGCAGGCUGUCAGAGAGUCUCAUGACCGGGACUUCAUCAAGAGAGUCCUGGCCAAGGAAUGUCCCAUCUGUCUCUCCGUCUUCCCCCACAGCAAAAUGCAGUCCCUGACGUCCUGCCAGUGCUCCGUCUGCUGCGGAUGUUUCCAGCAACACUUCACCAUCGCGGUGAGGGACAAACACAUCCGAGACAUGGUGUGUCCCGUCUGCUGGGAGCCAGACAUCAACGACCCCGAACACCUCAACAGCUACUUCUCCACCUUGGACAUCCAGCUGAGAGAGUGUUUGGAGCCGGAGGUCUACGAGCUUUUCCACAAGAAGCUGACCGAACAAGCUCUCAUCAAAGACCCCAAGUUCCUGUGGUGCUGUCACUGCUCCUACGGCUUCAUCUACGACGGCGACCAGCUGAAGGUCACCUGCUUCCAGUGUCGCAACACUUUCUGUGCCCACUGCAAGAAGCCUUGGGAGUCCCAGCACGCGGGACUGUCGUGUGAGCAGUACCAGUGGUGGAAGAGAGAGAACGACCCCGAGUACCAGAGGCAGGGUCUGGCGGGCUACUUGCGAGACAACGGCAUCACGUGUCCCAACUGCCGCUUCCAGUACGCCCUAUCCAAAGGAGGCUGCAUGCACUUCUGCUGCUCACAGUGUCGCUACCAAUUCUGCAGUGGUUGCAACAACCCUUUCCACACUACGUGUGCAGUGGAGGAGUGCACGGUAUCUGGACUACAUGCCCAUCACCCCCGAGACUGUCUCUUUUACUUGAGGGACUGGGAACCUUCUAGACUGCAGGCGCUACUACAGAAGAACGGUGUGACCUUCAACACUGACCCUCCUCCUGGAACACAAACAGGACUGUGCGGGGUGAUCGAGCAGAAGGACGACGGAGGCCAGCAAGCGGACUCGGCCUGCGGAGCACACACCCAACCGGGACACGCCGGACUCUGCGAGAAGCACUACAGAGAGUACCUGGUCAGCCUCAUCAACAGCAACUCCCUGGACCCGGCUCACCUCUACACCUCCAACGAACUCCUGCUGGCCUGCCGCAGGUACAAGGUGGAGGACUCCCGCGCCCAGGCUGAAGAUGGAGUGCUUUACUACAGCCGGCUGAUGGAGAAGCUGAUGGCUGAAGUUCCACUCGGUGACAAAGUUCCACGCAAGAAAUAAUAAGUUGAUGAAGAAGAAGAUGAUGAUGAUGAUGAUGAUGAUGAUGCAACAAUGAAAGUCACCAACAAAUAUUCCAAGAAGAAAAAUCCUCCAAUGAAAAUUGAAAAAUGAAAAUAAAGUAUUCAACAUA